ACGUGCGCACUUUAAAUGUCGCGCCGUCUGCUUCCCAACCCCUUCCGCCAUAACUACCGCGUUUUUACGCACGCUCCCCUCCCACUCUCACCGGCCGCGCCCCCUCCGUUAGUCGGAAAUCCAGAAAUCAAGUUUGUUCGGAUCUCCAAUUGCAGUUCCAUGUCAUACCGCCCCAACGCCCAAGGCGGUCGUCGCGGCGGUCGCGGCGGCGGCCGUGGAGGCGGCGGCGCAGGCAGAGGUGGAGGCCGUGGAGGCCGAGGUGAGCAGCGAUGGUGGGAUCCUGCUUGGAGAGCUGAGCGUCUGCGUCAAAUGUCUGCAGAGAAAGAGACGAUGGAUCAGAAUGAAUGGUGGGGAAAAAUAGAACAGAUGAAGACUGGAAAUGAGCAGGAGAUGGUAAUAAGGCGAAACUUCGGUAGAGAUGAUCAGCAAAUCUUGGCUGAUAUGGCUUAUCAAUUGGGUCUACACUUUCAUGCUUAUAAUAAAGGAAAGGCCCUUGUUGUGAGCAAAGUCCCAUUGCCUAAUUAUCGUGCAGAUCUUGAUGAACAGCAUGGUUCCACUAAGAAAGAGAUAACAAUGUCCACAGAGACUGAGGAAAGAGUUGGACUUCUAUUAAAAAGCUCCAAUGGGACAAAUUUAGUCCAGAACAAUUCUUCAUCAUCUUCUGGAUCUGCGACAUGUCAAUCCAAACCUGCUGAAAUGGAGAGGGAAGCAUCACUACCAUACAUUGAUACUGACUUCGAGAGGCUUAGUCUUGAUUUAAAACAGAAGCAGGAAAAGAUGAGGGAAGGUGAUAGUGUAAAGGCAAUGCUAGCAUUUAGAGAAAAGUUGCCAGCAUUUAAAGUAAAAUCUGAGUUCUUGAAAGCUGUCGCAAGUAACCAGGUGCUGGUUGUCUCAGGAGAGACCGGUUGUGGUAAAACCACCCAGCUUCCUCAAUUUAUUUUGGAAGAAGAGAUAUCAUCUCUACGAGGUGCUAGCUGUAAUAUAAUAUGCACUCAACCUCGUAGAAUCUCAGCAAUAUCAGUUGCAGCUCGAAUAUCCGCUGAAAGAGGUGAGGAGCUGGGUGAAACUGUAGGUUAUCAGAUUCGCCUUGAAUCAAAACGCUCUGCUCAAACAAGAUUGCUUUUUUGCACGACUGGGGUGUUACUUCGACAGCUGGUUCAGGACCCAGAUUUAACAGGAAUUACUCAUUUGCUGGUGGAUGAAAUUCAUGAGAGAGGAAUGAAUGAGGACUUCCUAUUAAUAAUAUUGCGAGAUAUCCUUCCUCGUCGUCCAAACCUUCGUGUUAUCCUUAUGAGUGCCACUAUUAAUGCAGAGCUAUUCUCCAAAUACUUUGGAAAUGCUCCUACUACUCAUAUUCCUGGAUUAACGUUUCCCGUUAAGGAACUUUAUUUAGAAGAUUUAUUGGAGAAGACUCGUUAUACUGUCCAACCAGAGUCUGACAACUUACCAAGAAAUUCAAGAAGAGGGCGUCGGCAACAGGAGUCUAGCAAAGAUCCUUUGACAGAAUUAUUUGAGAAUGCAGAUAUUGAUGUGCUCUACAAAUCAUACAGUGCAAGCACCAGGCAAUCUCUUGAGGCUUGGUCUGGUUCUCAGCUCGAUUUGGGCCUUGUUGAAGCAACUAUUGAGCAUAUCUGUCGCCAUGAAGGUGCUGGAGCAAUUCUUGUCUUCCUUACUGGUUGGGAUGAUAUUUCCAAGCUUCUUGAUAAACUCAGAGCUAACCUUUUUGUUGGAGACCCAAAUAAGUUCUUAGUUCUUCCUCUUCAUGGUUCAAUGCCUACAAUCAAUCAGCGUGAAAUUUUUGAUCGUCCACCUCAUAAUGUUAGAAAGAUUGUGCUAGCAACCAAUAUUGCCGAGAGUAGUAUUACGAUAGAUGACGUUGUGUACGUUAUAGAUUGUGGGAAGGCAAAGGAGACGAGUUAUGAUGCUCUUAAUAAGCUGGCUUGCCUUUUACCUUCAUGGAUUUCUAAGGCAUCAGCUCACCAGAGACGUGGUCGAGCUGGUCGCGUGCAGCCAGGAGUUUGCUACAGAUUAUAUCCUAAACUUAUCCAUGAUGCUAUGACCCAGUAUCAACUGCCUGAAAUGCUUCGAACACCUUUGCAAGAGCUUUGUCUGCAUAUCAAGAGUUUGCAGCUCGGAGUAGUUAGUACAUUUUUGUCCAAAGCAAUUCAGCCACCUGAUCCUCUAUCAGUAGAAAAUGCAAUCGAGCUUUUGAAAACAAUUGGUGCUCUAGAUGAUAGGGAAGAGCUCACUCCCCUUGGACAGCAUCUUAGCACUUUGCCUUUGGACCCAAAUAUUGGAAAAAUGCUUCUGAUGGGUUCCAUUUUCCAGUGCCUCAACCCUGCACUAACAAUAGCUGCUGCUCUUGCUUACCGUAGCCCGUUUGUCCUUCCAUUAAAUAGGAAAGAUGAAGCAGAAGCCGCAAAAAGAUCAUUUGCUGGUGAUUCAUGCAGUGACCACAUUGCACUUCUCAAAGCAUAUGAAGGAUGGAAAGAUGCGAAACGUAAUAGAAAUGAAAAAUCCUUCUGUUGGGAGAAUUUUCUUUCACCAGUAACAAUGCAAAUGAUUGAAGAUAUGAGAUUUCAGUUUCUGGAUUUACUGGCGGGGAUUGGUUUUGUCAACAAAUCACAAGCCAAAGCAUACAAUCAAUACAGUGACGAUUUAGAGAUGGUAUGUGCAAUACUCUGUGCUGGACUCUACCCAAACGUUGUGCAGUGCAAACGGAGGGGAAAGCGAACAGCUUUCUACACUAAAGAAGUUGGGAAAGUUGACAUUCAUCCGGGAUCCGUCAAUGCUGGUGUUCACCUUUUUCCUCUUCCUUACAUGGUUUACAGUGAAAAAGUUAAAACCAGUAGCAUAUACCUAAGAGAUUCCACCAACAUAUCGGAUUAUGCUCUGCUGAUGUUUGGUGGCAAUCUUCUUCCUAGCCAAAGUGGAGAUGGUAUUGAAAUGCUUGGUGGAUACCUUCACUUUUCUGCUUCAAAGACUGUAUUGGACUUGAUACGGAGAUUGCGCGGGGAGCUUGACAGGCUUCUAACAAGGAAGAUUAAGGAGCCAGCACUAGAUAUUACAGUAGAGGGAAAGGGUGUUGUCACAGCUGUUACUGAAUUGUUGCACAGUCAAAAUGUGCGGUUUAGGUGAAUUGUUGCUAAAGAUAAUUUAUGUUCUCAUAUUUAUUAAGUCCAUGUAUCAGUAGUACUAGAUUCGAAUUGAUUUUGAUUGUUAUUUAUAUAGUUUAAAUUCGGGAUUCCA